AUGUACUCACAAUUAAUCGGACCUCUAGAUAUCGCCAUCAAAACUAUAUGCAAAAAUUAUACAUAUUCUGAAUUGUACGAAAUAGCUGCACUAUGCAAUGUACUUCGAUGUAAUAUACGAAGUAUUUAUCCAAAAAUUGAUUUCCGAGAAGACAUGGAAAUUCUAAAUAAUAUCUUCAGGCCUACUUCACCUACUAUUGCCGAUUGUAGUAUCAAUAUUUUCUGGUCUCAUGUCUUAAACGAGAUAGAUGUACGAGCGCAAAAUAAUAUGACAUGGAGCCCCAAUCAUUUUGUUCCUCUUAUGUCUCCACCUGCAUUCGAUGACUUUGAUAAUAUAAGUCAUGAAUCAGUGUCAAAGGUUGUGACUCCUGAAAAAAGAACGUUCAAGAAUAAUACUCCUAUCCAGAUACGAAUUCCUGAAUUUCAAUCUUCACCCAGUAGACGUUUACGCAGUGAACACAGCAACGAAACUAGUUUCGCUCAAUCAAAUGCGACCGAUGCUAUACGAGAAGCACAGAAUGGUAUUCAUGAAAAACGCCAAAGUUCCAUUGAACAACAAAUAAAACCAAAUCAAGAGAAUCUAGUGAAUGAAACAGCUGAACACCGUCGUAUCCGAUUGGAAAAACAAAAACAGCGGGAUCAAUCAAAUAGAUCCAAUGAAACAAGUGAAGAGCGUCAAGGUCGAUUGAAAAACCAAAACCAACGGACUAAAUCGAAUAGAUUAAAUGAAACAGUCGAAGAGCGUCGAAUUCGAUUGGGAAGGCAAAAACAGCGGGAUCAAUCAAAUAGAUCCAAUGCAACAAGUGAAGAGCGUCAAAGUCGAUUGAAAAACCAAAAUCAACGGACAAAAUCGAAUAGAUUAAAUGAAACAAGUGAAGAGCGUCAAAUUCGAUUGAAAAAAGUAAAAGAACGGGCUCAAUCGAGUCGUAUGAACGAAACAGAAGAGCAACACCAGAUUCGACUAGAAAAACAAAGAAAGCGAAAUCAAGCAAAUAGAGCUAAAAAAAUAGUUGAAAAAUCUACACCUAAUACACUAAAUAUACAGCAACAAAAUUCUUCUACUCAGUUGAACGCAACUGAACUCAAUGCACCAUGUGACACUCAAGGUAUGCAUGAUUUCACAAACAAUGAAGAUAUAACAAAGAACAAGAAAACUUCUAUUUCUUCGGUUUGGCCUGAAUCCAUCUCCCGUAAACUUAAAGAGGACUGCUUGCAGAAAUUUCUUCAAAAAAUGACCAUGUCAGCUUUGUCUGAAGCUACUUGUGCCGUUUGUAACGUCCGUACUCAAACGCAAAAGUUGAAGAAAUUACCAGUCUCGAAAAUUCCUCACAUUGAUUUGCUUAAAGUUCCUGACACACUCAAAGAUUGUAUCAGAACCAGUCAAACAUCUGCAGUACAACAUGCUGACGAACAUAUUGGAAUCUCCGAGAAUGAUAGCGUUAUACAAAGGACGAGAUCCACUCAAAGUACUUCAACUGGUAAUUCAUCAGAUGUUCAAUGUGACAACGGCAUUGUCUUAUAUGUGAAUGGUUUGUUCCACCAAAAUACAGUAAAGAUGUGUACAAUUUGCCAGAAAUGUCACGACUCUCUGUCAAAAGGAAACAUUCCUAAGUUUUCACCUGCUAAUAAUAUGUGGUUAGGCGACAUCCCUCCUGAAUUACAAGGAUUAACAAUUCCAGAAGAAAAGCUAAUUUCGCUUUAUCGGCAUAAUAGCUGUGUGAUAAAACUUCAUUCACCAUUUCACUCAGCUACAACUGCUCAAGCAGCAUUGAAAGGCAACUGUAUUACUUUUCUUCAAAGUUUACCGAAUAUCGUUAACAGUUUACCACUGAAACUUGAUGAUUUGUGUGAUACAUUAAAAGUGAUUUUUGUUGGUGCACAUCCUCCUGAACGUGUCCAUCUUAAGAAGAUCUUGACCGUCCGCAAGAAAAAAGUCACUGAAGCAUUGCAUNUAUGUAUUGUUAUGACGUUGUGA